GACCUUGAGCGAGCACACUUCACUCUGGAACAAAGCUACUGGGGUUUCCCUAUUGACGCCAUGGACGACGAAUACGAUAUAGAUCCCUGGCUCUUCAACAUUUCCAGUGAUGACAGCGAGGAGCACGAACGUUUCCUAAAGUUCAAGGGGGUCUUUCUGCCCUGCAUGUACCUGACGGUGUUUGUCUUUGGACUGGUAGGGAACUCCCUGGUUCUGGUUAUAUACAUUUUCUAUCAGAAGCUGAGGAGUCUGACAGAUGUGUUUCUGGUGAACUUGCCCGUGGCUGACCUGGUAUUUGUCUGUACUCUGCCCUUUUGGGCCUAUGCAGGCACCUAUGAGUGGGUCUUUGGCACAGUCAUGUGCAAAACUCUUCAUGGCAUGUACACAGUGAACUUCUAUGUGUCCAUGCUCACUCUCACCUGCAUCACGGUGGAUCGUUUCAUCGUAGUGGUCCAGGCUACCAAAGUCUUUAACCAGCAGGCUAAGUGGAAGAUCUGGGGCCAGAUCACUUGCUUGCUCACUUGGGUGGUCUCCCUGUUGGUCUCUCUGCCACAGAUCAUCUAUGCCAGAGUUGAACGUUUGGACACACACGUCUGUCAGUAUCACAGUGAGGCCAUUUCCACUGUGGUUCUUACCACGCAGAUGACCCUGGGGUUCCUCUUGCCAUUGCUUACUAUGAUUGUGUGCUACUCAAGUAUCAUCAAGACCUUGCUUCACGCUCGAGGUUUCCAGAAGCACAAAUCUCUAAAGAUCAUCUUUGUUGUAGUGGCUGUGUUCCUGCUGACUCAGACCCCCUUCAACCUUACCAUUUUAAUCAGGAGCACAAGGAGGGAGUACUAUAACAUGAUCAACUUUCAGUAUGCCAUCAUAGUGACAGAGGCUAUAGCAUACUUUCGGGCCUGCCUUAACCCUGUGCUCUAUGCCUUUGUUGGCUUAAAGUUCCGGAAGAACCUCUGGAAACUUGCGAAGGACAUUGGCUGCCUCCCUUACUUGGGAGUCUCAAGUCAGUGGAAGUCUUCUGAGGACAGUUCCAAGACUUGUUCUGCCUCCCACAAUGCAGAGACCACCAGCAUGUUUCAGUUGUAGUAGGCCUGGCCAGACUUGGAGAAGCUAGCAUCGGAAUUCUCAGGAGCAUGGCUAUGUCCAUUGGAUGCAACAAGAAAGGCUUUGCUUACAGCAUGUGGACUCUCGUGGAGUUGUCACUGAAAACUGUGGUGGAAUACAAAGCUUCUCAGAUAGAAACAUACCCUGUUCUUAAUAGCUAUACCUCAAUGCUCAGAGGAGAAUGUCUUGAGAUUUGUAAGCACUUUUUCUUUUCCAUCCCCAAGAAUGCUAACUCUAGAGAUCUCAGGUUCCCUUUUACCCAGUCUGGGGCUAAAAGUUGAAGAGGAGCUGCAUCAACAAAGCUGUUGAUGGCAGGUAACAUGCAGGGCUCCUGAGUUCACAAGAUUCUUCUAUGGCAAGUGGUGGAGAGCUGAGAACCCUCCCACACAAGUGCUGGUCUAUGUGGCUCAGACCUCACCAGGCACCUAAUAGGGAUGAGACCAAGCUCUGAUUCACCCAGGGGGGUCUGACUUUUGUAUUUAUUGGUGGAUGCUUAUAUUUUCUCAGAUUAGUCUUUGAAAGUGCAGCAUAAGAGACUGAAAACGGGCCAGAAUAAACAGCUGAAUUUCAGUGGUCCACAUAAUGCUAGAAAAAUGUGUAAAAAGGAGCUUAUGACUAUAACAAUUCUAAGCAAAUUACAGGGACUCUGGUGGCUUUGCUCAUCUUAAAAAAAAACAAAACAAAAAACAAAAAAUGGAACUUUCCAAUGC